AUGCCAGCUCACUACUCCGAAAGAGACAUCUUCCCCCUCGCUGGAGGCUGUGCCUGUGGCCUCAUCCGCUACCGUUUCAACCUUCCCCCCAUCAUCGUCCACGCCUGCUACUGCACCGGUUGUCAGCGUCAGACCGGCACCGUCCUCGCUCUUAACGCCGUCAUUGAAUCCUCUGCCAUUGAGAUUCUUCCCUCGGCGUCUCCCACCGUCGCCGGCUCGCCUGCCAACCCGGAACCUGCACAGGCUGGUGUCGCCCCCGCGUUCGCGCGCAUCACCGCCGCGGAGGACCCGACGCGAGAGCCCAGGCCGUCCGCUGACACCGUAGCCGUGUGUCUGCCGAGUGAGUCUGGCCUGGGCCAGACCAUCGUGAGCUGUCCGACAUGUCACACUGGGCUAUGGACUCACUACGCCGACGCUGGUCGACACCUCUAUUAUGUCCGCGUCGGUACGCUGGAUCAGCCGUGGCAGAUUGAGCCCGACGUGCAUAUUUACACGCGCAGCCGUCAGGCCUGGAUGGCUGCCAACGACGGCAAGCCAUCGUUUGAAGAGUAUUAUCCCGACCGUCGGCCGCUGCUCAGGGAGGAUGCUCUCAAGAGGUUCGAGGCGGUAGGUCCCAAGGCCCAGGAGAUGUGGGCUGAGCUGAAGCCUGCUCUUGGGAGAAAUUGA